AUGCACCAACCAGAGACCCGGAAGUACCAGCUCUUCCCCAAGGAUCGUCAGCAACGGCCACCAUUAAAGACUCUCGACCCCGAGCAAGCCUUUGCCCUCGCCAUGGGACAGAACGACAAGACGGAGAAGCCCUGCAGCAGCAGUGGCUCGCUUCGGUUACGCAUCAAAGAGCACAACCUCAUCAGACGGCGCAAAGUGAGCAUUCCCGAGCUGGGCCCAAUGACCACUGUCCAGGAGGUUCCCAUGGAUUCACGACCAUUCCGACGGUUCCGUCACGUCCAUUGCCGCCGCCGACGCCAACAGAUCUGCGUACACAACCCCCGCUUGCUCCCCGGAACGACACCAACGGUCUGCCUCCGAAACCCAGACACCCCGUCAGCCAGCCUCGCCGAAGCAGCUGGCCCUCUCGUCAUCCCUACUCACAUCGGCAACGUGCCUCGUCUCGCUAAGCAAGUCUCACACAGUCGCAUGCGAUCUGGCAGCUCCGGCUAUGACACCGGCCAGCUUUCUGCCCGAACCGACGAUUCGCCCAGAUCCCAGUCCCGGACUCCCUACACACCCUUGACUGCUUCUACCGCGCUGACGACACCGCUCUCCGCCUGCCACAGCUUGCAGUCUGCCACCACGCCCGUGUCGGCUCCCAUCAUGGAAGCACGGGAAUCCCCUAGGCCAUGGGAGAACAACAGCACACCGACCGCAAUGGCUUCCGGCCAGCACCACACCGAUGCCUCUGUAGCAUCUGAAGCAGAGUGCGCGUUCAGACCGCAUGUCAGCGCCCAUAGGAGAGGACAGUCCGAGUCCGGUAGUAUCAUGGAUCGAGGACGCCCAAGAAAGCGGGGUGAUGUGCGAAACAACAAUGGCCCCCUUAAGCGAAGCUGCUCGACACGGAACAAGAGCGCUGAACGCCGGGCCUUUGAGGAGCUCCCAACCGGAUGGCGAGCUGGCGAGGCAGCCAACCACAUGGAGCAGAACGAGUUGGCGGCUCUGCAGACCCAGGCGUUUGGCCAGGCGUCUAGGUUCGAGGUGCUCAGGAAGGAGGACGUUGAGCUCCUUUCAAGGGAGCUCCGUCAGCUCGACGAACGAACUGAGUACCUUCGUCGCACCUACAACUCUCUGCGAGCUGGCCGACGUAACCUGCACUCGCGCAUGUGCCAAUACCUCCGCUCUCCUCGGACGGCGAGGUUCAGUACAGACUCGAUCCUCAAGCAAGAGGAAGCUCUUGCGGAGCUUGACACUUCCAUUGAUGACUGGGUCAACAAGCUGGAACAGGCCGAGAACCGCCGGACACGGGUACGCCAAAAGCUCCUGGAACACGUUGCUGCCGCAGCUACCCUUCCCACUCCGGCGGCUGCGGCUGCGAGCGAGUCAUUGCAGCUUGCCAUGGGCGUGCGACCACCCCCACAAGCGGGCGUUGGAAACAUCUCCACUCCUCCCCGAAGCCCCACCAAGAACGCAUUCUCUUCACACACUAUCAACAGCUCCCCUUCGCCGCAAAGGGUUGUCGCUCAGGUCCCUAGCACUAUUGUCGAGCAGCCCGUGGUUGAGGACACGCCCAAAGCAUCCGCCAACACCAAGCAUGAGUCUUCUUUUAACCAUCGUCGCACCGGCAUGGAAAGCAUUCGCAUCUACGCCGACAGCGACGUGUACGCCCUCUUGGCCGACGUGGAGAACGAAAUCACCAAGAUGAGCGCGGCGGCAAACCUGCCUGAAAACACCGCCGCCCUGUCCGACGACGAGCAGAAGGAGAUUCAUCGGGCGCGCAGCCAUGAGGCUCUAAGCGGACUGCUCACGGAUGCCAAGAGCACCGUCUCAUCUCCCCGCGCACCUUCACCUCCAGCCAAGGAUAGCCCGGCGGACGGGGAGGCAAUUUUCCUUACCAACGCCGUGUUCCGAGGCUGA